CGCGGGCCACGAGCCUCCUCGCCGGAUGCCCCACGACGCGAGCAGGCCGGGGUGCAGACGUUUCUGCUCAUGCGGCUUUUUCCUCCUCCGUGUCCUCCGCCGCCGGCUUCUCGCUGCCCGGAGCCUCUCGGGCUCACCCUCCGCGCGUGCUGGUGCUCUACGGCUCGCUGCGGGACACAUCCUUCUCGAGGAAGCUCGCCUUCGAGUGCGCGCGCUUGCUCGAGCUGCUCGGCGCGGACGUGCGGACGUACUGCCCGCGCGGGCUGCCCGUGAGGGACCCCGCGCUGGAGGCGCACCCGAAGGUGCAGGAGCUGCGGUCGCUGUCGCUCUGGUCUGAGGGGCACGUGUGGGUCUGCCCCGAGAUGCACGGCUGCGUCACGGGCGCCUUCAAGAACCAGAUCGACUGGCUGCCCCUCAACACGGGCUCCGUCCGCCCGACGCAGGGCCGCACGUGCGCGGUGCUGCAGGUGAACGGCGGCAGCCAGUCCUUCAAUGUCGUCAACGAGCUCCGGCGGCUGGCGAGGUGGAUGCGGAUGCCAUGCUCCACCAACCAGUCCUCGGUGGCCAAGGCGUGGCAGGAGUUCGACGACGACGGCCGGAUGAAGCCGUCGGGGUUCCGCGACAGGGUGGUGGAUGUCAUGGAAGAGUACUAUGCCGGGUGUUGGCAGACAUGCCCCUGACCCAUGGUGUCAACAACUCC